GGUCAGUGUGUGCCUGCGGUCCGUAAGGGAUGCACGACUCGUCGUCGUAUUAACGCGAUUAAUUUAUAUUUUCGCACUGUGAAAACUUUUAAUAGUAAUAUUUUUACAAACGUGUUGUGUUAUUUUUGGCUGCGAAGUCUGGUGCUAGAAGACGUGAGGAUAAAGGAUUUCAUUAUUCGUUUCCAUGGUGCCAAUAAUGUGGAAAUUGUGAAACCCUAAUUAUAUUUUGUAAUAUUUUGGAGAGAUUUACAAAAGAAUAAAUAAUCAUGUCGAAUGCGGUAGUAGAAAACGGAGCGCCUGAUGAAAGGGCAACAACAUAUUACUUCCCAAAGACUGGUUCGAGUGCCACACUAUGGCAGAGACUGAGUCUGUUUGUGUCCAUCUACUGGAAGGCACUUAUCGUUGUGCUUACCCCACUAGUGUUACUGCCUAUACCUAUAUUGAACUCUGCACCUGCUUACAGAUGCAUGUAUGUAGUCCUAAUAAUGGCAAUAUACUGGGUGUUGGAGCUACUCCCAUUGCCUGUAACCUCCAUGUUGCCCAUAGUGCUGUUCCCAACGAUGGGCAUUCUAGACUCGGACAAAACCUGUGCAGCAUACAUGAAGGAGACUAAUAUGAUGUUUAUGGGAGGUCUGAUGAUAGCCGCUGGAGUACAGCAUUCUAAGUUACCAAAGAGAGUUGCGUUGUGGACCGUACAAGUGGUUGGGUGUUCGCAUAGAAGGUUGAACUUCGGUCUAACAUUCGUGACCAUGUUCAUAUCGAUGUGGGUAUCGAAUGCUGCCGCCACCACUAUGAUGGUGCCCAUCGUUGAAGCCAUAUUAGAAGUGUUGGAACAGCAAGGACUAGGCGAUGUGUAUGUAAACAAGAAGAAGAACCCGCCAGCGGAAAAUGGCAAGGAGACUAAGGCAGUCGCCAAAACUGGAGAGGAAGAGGCCCCAAUGCCAAGUGACAUAACAAUCUGCUACUACCUGAGCAUAGCGUACGCGUCCACGCUCGGAGGCUGCGGCACCCUCGUCGGUACUGCCACCAACUCCGCCUUCAAAGGAAUAUUUGAUUCCGAGUUCCCCGAGUACUCGAAUUCGGUGGACUUCUUCUGGUUCAUGGCCUACAGCACGCCCCCCAUGCUCAUCAUGCAGCUGCUCGUCUGGUUCGCGCUGCAGAUCACGUUUAUGGGGAUGUUCAGGCCUAACAGCGAAGCAGCGAGGAGGGUGAACAAGGCAUCCUCAGGCUCGGAGACCACGAUGAAGGUCAUCAAGGAGCAGUACAGGAACCUCGGACCCAUCACUUUCCAUGAGAAGGCUUCAGGUCUCCUGUUCAUCCUGGCAGUGUUCCUGUACAUCUUCCGUCGCCCUGGAUUCAUGCCUGGCUGGGCUGAGCUCCUCACUAACAUGAAAGUUAAAGACGGUGUGACCUCAAUCUUCAUCGUGGUGUUGAUGUUCAUCCUGCCGAUGUGCUGCGACUUCCUCAAGUUCUUCUCCAGCUCCUCCUCUUACGAAGAAUUGGCAGCAUCUAAGCCUUCCCCUAGUAUUGUGACCUGGAACAUCCUGAAGGAAAAGAUCCCGUGGGGACUUCUCUUCUUGCUUGGUGGUGGAUUCGCUCUAGCAGAAGGCAGCAAGGCGACCGGUCUGUCAGCAAUGAUAGGCUCCUCGCUGGAAGGUCUGCACGGACUGAACCACGCCGUGGUACUACUGGUCGUCGUGUUAGUCACACAAUUCAUCACUGAGUUCACCUCCAAUGUCGCUAUUGCUAAUCUUAUACUGCCUGUCUUGGCUAAUAUGGCUCGCGUCCUCAACAUCGACCCUCGUUACCUGAUGGUCCCUGCAACAUUGGCGUGUUCCAUGGCCUUCCACAUGCCAGUAGGAACUCCACCAAACGCCAUCGUCGCUGGAGUCGCACAUAUACCUACCUCUAAGAUGGCCGUCGGCGGCAUAGGCCCGAAGAUCAUAACAACGCUCAUCGUAUGGGGCGCCUACCCAACAUGGGGAGCAGUGAUCUUCCCAGCCCUUACACUUUCAACCGCUCCUGUACAAAACGCGACCACAGCCCUAGCUAAUAACGUCACCCUAGCCUGCAACACUUCAUACAAUGCCAUACAAACUCUAACAAACUUCAAUUGUUCCUUACCCAACCUCCCAAGCCUCAACAUGACCGGCUCCGUCUCUUGUAACUAUCUCCCUUUAAAGAGUUAAAUUAAAUUAACUAAUUUUACGGUUUACAUGUGAUGGGUUAAAGCUAUAUGCUAGCAUUUCCAUAGAUCAAGGAAUAUCUGAAAUAUGUACAGGUAUGUGCCAUUGUGUACCAUUUUUUGAAGUAAAUUAAGUUUUAUUUUUGUAAUGCAAUCUCGUAUAUGGGACUUGUAACAUAACAGAGGGCUUAGGGUCUCUGAUUGGUCGGUUCAUUGGAGCCGGCCAAUCAGUGCCGAACGCGGUCUCAAUUGAUCUCGUUAAACGUAAAACAAAUGCAUUGUGCGCCUUUGUCUACCCCUCUAUGUUAUGUUAUGCAAUCUCAAUGUGGAAUAGAUAUUUUUUUAAAGACCCUAUCUCUGUGGUCGGUUCGCCUUUAUUAUCUGUGCGCAAUUCAAUGUUGCCAACCUAAUGGUAUUUAAAUCCGUGGAAGGACAAAGUCGCUAAGUUCUGAUUCUCAUUUGGUACUUAAAAUUAUUGAUGGUGGAAUUUGUUUAGUAUUUUUUUUGCAAUCAUAUAAAGAUUGAUUGAUGAAAAUUGAAUUAUUAAAAUACGGCCUUAAGCUUACGACAAAAAGGUGCUAUUUACACUACACCAUUGUUUAGCGGCUUUGUGAAUAAGUAAUAAAUAACAUAUUUUCGUAUUUUCUACAGUAUAAAAGCAUUUUUAUAUGAUAAUUUAUUAAUACAGCAUUUAUGUAUGUAUGUGGAGUAUGACAGUCGCCCCACCGACUAUGUGCAUUGCCAAAAUAUAUACAUAAAGAGAUAUAACAUACAAAUAUAGACUUAAAAUUGGACAUAAUAUUUAUAGACAAGACAAUGACACAGUAAAAUCAAUUCAAUUUUGAUCACAUAAGGUUGAAAAUCGCCUGCAGUUUGGAAUAUCAUUAGGUUCUUUUUUACAACAACAUCAAGAUCAUUUAUCUAUAAGUAGCCUCUGCUGACAAGAGGCCUCUUCUCGCACAGAGAAGGUUUGAGCGUUUGAGCACCAAGCUUGCUCAAUUUGCUUGGCGAUUUCAAACUUAUAAUUGAAAUUAUAAAUCCAGCUUUUCUCACGAUGUUUUUAUUCACCGUUUAAAUUGUCUUAGGCAGUACAUAUAACUCGGAAAAAGUCAGAUUGGUACUUGCCGUUGGUAGGUUUCAAAACCAGGUCUAUUUAUCCCUGUA